AUGGCAAGUGCAAAGCACCCUUGGAGCCCAGGAUGGACAGGACCCAUAGCCCAGAGCACAGCAGAGGUCAAGCAGGAAGCAUCAGCCACUGGCCCGAACCUGCCACCUCCAGGAUCUGAAGGGGACUCAGACGCAGAAGGCAGCCCAAGCCCCAACUCCAGCAUGACCACAAGGGAGCUGCAGGAAUACUGGAGGAACGAGAAGGGCUGCCGCAAGCCGGUCAAGCUGCUCUUCGAGAUCGCCUCGGCCCGCAUCGAGGAGAGGAAGGUGUCCAAGUUCGUGAUGUACCAAAUCGUCGUCAUCCAGACGGGCAGUUUCGACAACACCAAGGCCAUCCUGGAACGGCGCUAUUCAGACUUCCAGCAGCUCCAGAAAACCCUCCUAAAGACGUUCAGCGAGGAGAUCGAAGACAUCGCCUUCCCCAAGAAGCACCUGGUGGGCAACUUCACGCAGGAGAUGAUCUCGGAGCGCAAGCUGGCCUUCAAGGAGUACCUGAGCCAGCUCUACGGCAUCCGCUGCGUGCGCAGGUCCCGCGAGUUCAUCGACUUCCUCACGCGGCCCGAGCUGCGGGAGGCCUUCGGCUGCCUGCGCGCCGGCCAGUACACCAAGGCGCUGGACAUCCUGGUGCACGCGGUGCCCCUGCAGGAGAAGCUGGCGGGCCACUGCCCCGCGCUGGUGGUCCCGGCCCUCUGCGCCCAGCUGGUGUGCCACCGGGAGCUCGAGCGCCCCCUCGAGGCCUUUGCGGCUGGCCAGAGGGCCCUGGAGCUCCUGCACGCCCGGGAGGGCCACCGUUACUACGCGCCGCUGCUGGACGCUAUGAUCCACCUGGCCUACGCACUGGGCAAGGACUUUGUGUCACUGCAGGAGAGACUGGAGGACAUCCAGCUGCGGAGGCACACCUCCUGGAGCGUCACCCUGAAGGAACUGGCUGUCCGGGAGUAUCUGUGAUGAGCCACUCUGGCAGAUCUGGGAUCACCGUUGCUCUGUGAGCUGUUCGGGGUGCAUUUUGGAUGGGAAUAGCCAUGUGGGGUCCCUUGUGGCUCUAACCUGCUGGGUGACCUUGAACGAGCCCUCCUCUGGUCCUCCACUUCCCUGGAUGUGUGGAACUGAGCCCCCCUCCCCAUCCCUGGGUGUCCUUG